AUGGAUCAUUGCAGCACUUUCUUCGCGCCAGCGAUGACCUCACUCGCCAGCGCCACCGCGCAGCAAUUCUCCUCCUCUUGCGGCACGAGAUGCGACUCUAGGCGCGAUUGUUCUAGCGGCCUCGUUUGCAAUCCUGUUAGCAAGACCUACGAUGGCGAUCCAGGAGCUAGCACCCUUUCCUGCCCAAUUCCCGGCUGCGAGCCCGGCAAGACCUUCGUCAACUCGAAUGCCACUGCCCACAAUCCCGAGUACUGCAUCGGCAACAACAUCUAUCAGUUCUUCAAUUGCUCCCCUGAAGAGCAGUCUCUCAACUUCGCGGCUUUCUACUACAUCAAGCUGGAGGAACUCCCCACGGCAUGCAAUCAAUCCACGCCUUACAAGAACUCGGAGCUCCUGGCAAACAUGGCCACCGGAUGGUUUGCCAGUGGAUCCUCGUGCUUCAAAGAGAUUGUGAUCACGGCAGAGAAUGGGAUGAGCGUCACGGCGACGGUGGCGGAUACUACGAGCCGUGCACGCCCAGAUCGUUGGGAGGGACGAGAGAGCAAGGUGGGAGAGGGAGGGAUUGGGACUGUGUUCAAGGGGACGUUGCCCAGCGGACAGAUUGUGGCGGUCAAGAGGAUUGGCGGUGGAUCGCGGCAGGGGGACAAGCAACUUAAGGCGGAGGUGAUUGGCAGCAUCCAUCACCUCAAUCUCGUCAAGCUGGUUCGAUUUUGCCUGCAGUCUCCCCCCAACGUAGUCGUCUACGCCAAUGGCUUGCUGGAUGGAUGGAUUUUUGCCAAGGAGAAGUGCCUGCCCUGGCCAACCAGGCUUUCCCGACGUCGCUCGAGGGCUUGCGUAUCUCCACGAUGGAUGCCGCGAGAAGUGGGAUACAUGGCUCCCGAGUUGCUCCACUCUCUUGUCAUGGACAAGACGGACGUCUAUAGCUUUGGGAUCGUCCUCCUGGAGCUCGUGUGCUGCAUGAAGGCCGUGGAGUAUCCCUCGGACUCACAGAUGGACGUUGGGUUCCUCGCCCAGACUGCUUUCAACAAGCUCGGCUUCUGGCUUAUAAACAACUAA